AAGAGCCUCCAAAUUAAAGGAUUAAACAAUGAAAGACGAAAUGAAAAGAAAAGCACAUAUUACUUUCUUCAUUGCAGGGACUUCCUAGCAACAAACCGUUUGUAUUACUUCGUCAGUAAUCAAUUUUAAGUUAGCCGCCACAGCACUUCUUCGUCCCAACAUCACUAAUUAGCGAGCCUCAUGCUCAUCACAAAAUCCAUGUCUGCACUCCAACUUCAAGUCUGAAUCACAUUACUGCUCCAGUUGUUGGAAGAUGGGCUUCAUCAGUGGCAUGAUCAUGGGCAUCGCCCUUGGCAUCUCUUUGACCUUCGCUUUUGCUCGUUUCCAAACUUGCCGAUCCAAACGUCGUUCCGAUUUGGCGAUGGCUAUAGCCGCUUUUGCCAGGAUGAUGAAGAUGGAAGAUUGUAGAAGAGUUAUUCCCCCCGAGUCCUGUCCCCCCUGGGUAGUUUUCACUCGCAGACAGAAGUUGAAUUGGCUCAAUACCCAUCUCCAGAAAAUCUGGCCGUAUGUUAAUCAGGCAGCGUCAGAGUUGAUAAAAAGCAACGUGGAACCCAUUGUCGAGCAAUACACACCCAAAAUCUUGUCUUCAAUCACCUUCUCCAAGUUUACUCUUGGUACUGUGGCACCUCAAUUCACAGGAGUUGCCAUUGUUGAAGAAGAAAGUGGGGCUGAAGGAGUGACUAUGGAGUUAGAGAUGCAGUGGGACGGUAACCCCACUAUUGCAUUUGAUGCUAAAACUAGAGUUGGUGUUGUAAUACCUGUUAAGGUAAAAGAUGUUGAAUUCACUGGGGUUUUCAGGUUGAUCUUCAAACCAUUAGUUAACGAGUUCCCUUCUUUUGCAGCUGUCUGUUAUUCCUUGAGAGAAAAGAAACAUCUGGACUUUACUCUUAAGGUUUCUGGUGGGGAUAUUUCAACUCUCCCAGGCAUAUCUGAUGCUAUAGAGGAAACAAUUCGAGAUGCUAUUGAGGAUUCUAUAACCUGGCCAGUACGCAAAAUUAUACCAAUUAUACCAGGGGAUUACAGCUUCCUGGAGUCAAAACCAGUUGGGAUGCUGGAAGUAAAACUAGUGCAAGCAAAGAACUUGGCAAACAAAGAUCUGAUUGGCAAGUCCGAUCCUUUUGCUGUUUUAUUCGUCCGCCCACUUCGUGACAGUGUCCAAUCCAGCAAAACAAUCAACAACGAGCUGAAUCCAGUAUGGAAUGAGAACUUCGAGUUCACUGUGGAAGAUGCAUCAACUCAGCACUUGACUGUAAGAUUAUUUGAUAAUGAAGGCAUUGAGGCUGAUCAGCUCAUUGGGUGUGCCCAAGUGCCGCUAAAGGACCUUCAACCUGGAAAAGUUCAGACUUUUUGGCUGAAACUGGUCAAGGAUUUGGAGGUCCAAAGGGAUAAAAAAUACAGGGGUGAGGUGAACUUGGAGCUCCUGUACUGUCCAUUCGGUGUUGAAAGCAUCUUUACAAAUCUGUUUAGUAGUAGCUUCGGGCUAACCACUUUCGAGAAGGCUAUUAAGAGUACGUCUGAGCAGACACAGGGUGGUGAUGUUAACAAAUCACAGAGAAAAUAUGUGAUAGUAAGAGGAGUACUGACUGUGACAGUGUUAUCAGCUGAAGACCUACCAGAUAUGGACUUAUUGGGCAAAACUAAUGCUUAUGUGGUGCUCAUGUUGAAGAAAGCAGAUCAAAAACUCAGGACCAGGGUUGCAGCAUCAGGAGUAAACCCUGUUUGGAAUCAAACAUUUGACUUCGUUGUGGAAGAUGCAUUACAUGAGAUGUUAAUUCUUGAAGUCUGGGAUCAAGAUCUCAUCGGGAAGGACAAAAUUGGAAGAGUGAUAAUGACACUGACUAGGGUGAUCCUAGCAAAGGAAGUUCAGGAGAGUUUUGCACUAGAUGGAGCUAAAUCUGGAAAACUUAAUCUGUAUCUUAAGUGGACUCCUCAGCAUAAGUAUCGAGAUCCCUAAUUGCUCUCCCUCACAUUGAUGGAACAAAUAAAUAGAGGGAGGAUGUUAUAUUGGCGAUUUUUAUACAGAAAGUCCAGUAACAUCUAGUUUCAGGGGGCAAUCACAUAUUUUGAUCCUCUACUAAUUAUAUGAAUUAAAUUGUAAUCGACUAAAAUUAAAAGAUAUGAAUAAAAUUGAGUGACAAUUAUACUUUUGUAGAA